GAUGAAGCCCCCUUGACCCCAGAGGCUCAAGGCGGUUCAUCAGAAGGCAUGAGCGGGGUCAGUGUUCUCUCCACCUUGCUCUUGUCUGUUCUCCUCAAGCUAGAAGACAGGGAGCACCGCAUCCCUCCUAGUCCAAGAAUACAACGGGAGUCAUCAGUUCCCCGCAAAAAGUGGGUGGAGACAAACGUCUUGACACCGCGGAGCAAGAGGGGUGCGCUUGAGUAUGAUUCUGAGGAGAUGGACCAAGAUGUUGACUUGAUUGAUUGGGUUUUGGUCUGCAAGGACAUAGGUACAGAGGUUCUUUCAGAUGGUGACGCGAUCCCUGGUUGUUACACCACACCACAACGGCAUGAAAGUACUGAUGCAAUCCGUGUUCCAUCCUUCAUAAGUUUUAAGUCUGAAUGUUCUGUUGAGAAGGCAGCCAGAGAUGCAGAGAGUCUGGAGGAGGAAGGCAAGCCUCAAGAAAUUAUCUUGACAUGUCAGACGGGGAGUGGAGACACCAUCAAACCUCACCAUUCGCCGUCCGUCUACCAGGAAUCGGCUAUUCGCAUCGUGAGUGAGGCGCUCUUGAGGGCCAUCGCCAACAUCUUCAUCAACGGCGUCGUCAGGCGCAGCCUCCGAGCCGUUGACCAAACUCGCGGGGGCGCCACGGUCAGGGAGGAAAACUGGAGCAUGUCGACCAACACCUCCAACGGAAACGAUGAUGAUGAUGAGGAAGUGAAACAAGAAAGUGGUGAUCAUUACGGGGCACAAGUUACUUAUGAGACUCCCACGUUGGUAUCAGAGGACAGGAUGCAGACUAAACCAACCAAGGCGAGCGCGAUCUCGGCCGAGUGGCUCCUGGACGUCAACCGACGGAUCGCGGCAAACCAAGUCACCGUGAGCCUCGCCGACAUGAUCCCGCCUAGCGUGGCUUCCAGCUGUGACGUCAGCCGGUGCUCUUCCGUGUCCGUCCUGUCCAGCGGAGACCGCACCCUAAAUGUGAAAGCCACACCGCCGUCCCAGAGUAAACUCCUGUGGAAGAUUGUCCAGAAGACGCGUGACGGUGGCGGCGUCUUGAAGACACUCCAUGAGAAAGCGACUGAGAAACCAAUUGAUGUUAAAGAUUCUCAAGAGACAAAAGCAAAAUUUCAGGAGGACAACUUGAAGGCGGAAAAAGCCAUCCUGCGAGCAAAAUUAUCAGUCGGCUACAAGAAACAUCGGGAGGUUUUUCCGACCGAAAGAGAUACCCUUUUCCGCGAAUCUGAAACCCAAACUGAAGAAGGUCAUUUUGAACAAACAGAUGACCUACACACGACAGUUGACUCCGUUCCAGAGGAAAGAGGAACAACUGACGAGGGCAUGGCGUCUGGUGCGGUUGACGAGGCACCUCAACGUCAAACAAAAGCAAGGAGCCUGCCACCAUCUGCAAACCCCCUCUUGAUUGACGUGGUUUGGCGACACGCCUCUCAUCCGAGCUUCACAUCCCAAGAAAUGAUAGAUCUUAAAGCUUCCUAUGCCAGAGGGAGUUAUGGUGAGAGGCAGCGGGCAGAGGGCGUGGUCAAGUCCGCCCUCCACCGCGCCGUCAGCUCACUGCUGGUCCAUAAAGUGAUAAGUGAUAGCAUGGCGAGUAUAUCAAGCACGGAGCUCUCACAAACUGAUCUGAGAUGCACCCCAUCAUUCAAGACAGCAGUGGCUAAUCUCCCAGGGAGUUCUCUUCACGGUUUCCAGUGGUUCCCUUACCAGGAGGGUGAUCCAGCUGGGCCCUACAAGGUUGCAAGUCCAAGACGCAGUCGUCAAGGUGAUGAGAGGACAAAAGAAGAUGCAUCUCAGCCAACAACAGUUGAUAAACAACAAAGCAGUGAAUCCUCAGACACGUACGUGGAUGCAAGAGACAAGUUCGGAUCAUCGGAUGACCUACUGACCCAGGAUGUCAAAGGUCACACAACCAGCAGUGACGACGAGUUUACUGAUGCCGUCUGCGAAGCAGAGUGUCCCCAUUCGAUCAAGACUAAGACCUCUGACAAAUCCAUCCAGGUUUCUGACAUUGAAAGUCCAAGCCAAGAUGAUGACCAGAAGACAGAACCUGUUCAAUUGGAACUCCCCAUGGAAAGCAUCAACUUCAUAAAGGACCAGUUUAAUGACGUCAAAGCCCUGGUUGCUAAGUACCGAGAGAUGCUGUAUGAACCUGCAGCCGUUGAUGAGGUCGAGAUGAGAGAAAGCGCGGCACAACCGGAUACAAAGUUGAAAAGUAAGCAGAAAACGGGACAAACUAAGGAUAAGAAAAUCGCUGGGAGGCAAAGUCCAGAACAGUUAGAUGAAGACAUGGGAGAUCAGUCGAAGAAGGCUGUGCUUACACAGAACGCCCAAUAUAAGAAGAAAGAUGAGAUGGAGGAACCAUCUACAAGCAAGUCAUCCGAGUUCGGGGACAAGCAAGAAACUCCCAAGGUUAUGAAGUGCGACGAAAAUGAAGAAAACGAGGCAGAUAUGUCAUCAAGUCCAGAUAUAGUUCCUGUUGAGUCCAUCUAUGAAGAAUCGUCCAGCGAGGAUUUGGAAUCAACGCCCAAGUAUAAACCCAGAGUGGAUGCUGAUAAGAGAGGAGCUAAGAGAAAGAGAAAAGAUUUCUCACCGGCCAAAGAUAAGACGAUGACCCCGCGCAAGCUGAGAAAAGGCACCGGCAAACUGAGAACACCGGCCGGGCGUUCGAGGAAGGUAAUGGGUAUCAGGGAGAAAACCACACCGGAUGGGUUUCUGCCAUCGAAAUCAGGGAAAAGAAAAUCGAAUAACUCGCCUCGUUACCCGAAGAAGCAAUACAAGACGCCCCUAAAAUCAAGCAAAUCAGGGAAACACACCGCGAAGAGCCCCAGAAAGGAAAGCACGUCAUCUCCAAAGACAGAAGAAGACAGUUCCCCGGAGUCUGCACCUAAAGUCAAGAAUCGCAUCUCGUUUUUCGAGAAAAUUUCAAGACAUAGAAUGAGUUCAAGUUCCCGCUCGACAGAUAGCUCGCCAAAACCGAACACGCCCGCUAAACAGGCAGUGUCAUAUUUGGAGAAAUUAGAGAAAGUGUCUGCAAGAUCGGCGAAGCAAAAACCAAGAGUGCAGAAACACAAGGAUGAUAAGGACACGGAUGGCAAAAGGCACAUUGAUUUUAAGCAUCUGCGGGAUAAAUUACAUGGCAGUAAGAAAGACGAACGCGAACAGAGAGAUGGUGCUGUCGUUGGGGGAAAGAAGAGCUCAGAGUCUGGGGUGGACUAUUCCCCAGGGAAGGGGAUCUGGACCAACGCUGCUUUCUUCGAAGCCCUCGGGAAGUUGGACGAACCGAAAACGGAAGCUGAAAGGUUGCCAAUCAAAGCGAGGAGAGUUCGGGAGGAGGGACUCUUAGGUGAAAACGUGGCUGGAGGGAAUGAUGCGCCGACAACUAAGGACAAGCGUCUUGGCAUGGAUCGAGCAGCAAAGGCUGGUAAUAAGGUUGUGGCCGAAAGUAGCGUACCAGCUUCGCCAGGGAAGAAGAGGCUUCGGAACAAAAACACCAACAAUCAAGCGCUGAUUGAUCAACUCGUAUCACCUGAUGAUAGUUGUAUCUCAAGCAGUCUGGCAAGUGACGCCAAAAUGGACGAAAGGGAAAACGAAGAUCUUUUGCCGUCAUGUCCCGAGACUAAUGGAAGUGAGGAGCCGUAUUUGACGGCCUUGGAGGAAAAUUGUGAUGAGGUAGUACUUGCUCCGAGUAAAAGUAUUGAAUCGGAAGAUCAGCAGAUGAACCUGGGACUGUCGAACUCAGAGGGACAAGCUGAAGGAUUGUUGGCAAUUAAGGAAAAGAAGAAGGAAAUCAAACUGCCUCAGAAGUCAUCUUCAGAAAGAUUUUAUUCACUGAAGGCCGAAACGACUGAUGAUCUAUAUCUGAGUACAGAAACAGCAAAUGGGCCAUUUCAUUCUUCCUGUGACAGUAUGCACCCAAUUCCAAAGAUAACGUCUAACCCAUCUAGAAAAGCGAGUGAAGAGGUAGAAAAUGCAGCAGCAGACAAACAUUUGGCAAGGGAAGGAGAACAGUUGCAAGAUAAAACAGACCUGGAACAAUAUUCAUCUCCUGGAAUGGUUGAUGAUGUCGACAAACCAAGCGAGGAUCGCACUGAAAAACUAGAAACAAUUAUUGGUGAGGCUGGCGUUGAUCUCAACAGCUUGCUUGAUCCACAUCUGGAUAUGAAUGACAUAAAGGUGAUUAGAAAACUCUCUGAUGAGAGCCAGGAUAAAGAUAGACUCACAAGUAGUCUUAAAGAUGAAGACAUUCCACCUGAAGAAAUGCAAGUUGAAGGAGACCAAUCCUGCCCUCUUUCAUCUUCAAAAGAUCUUGACGACAUCGACAGCUUAAAUAAUGUACUAACUCCCCUAUCGACCAGCUCACCGCGACCUCGUAGAAGUUUCAUGAGCAGUGGUGGCACAUGUUCCAUAAACGGUGACCAAGAGUUGACUGGAAUCACCGACUCUCCUCUCGUACCCAAGAUGGAUGAAGUUCUCAGGUCUCUCAGAAACAACGCAUCCUUUCUCCGUGCGUGCAAUCCUGAAGAUUACCUGGACCCAGAUGCCGAGGAACACUUCGUCACGUGCGACGAUACAGAUGACGACGAGUUACCAGACCAUCUCGAAGACGGAGCCAAGGCUCUCAGCAAAGAUGCUGAUAUCCUAACGGACAUUUCUCAAAAGAGUUCUUAUUACACAGACGCCAUAAGUGAAGAAUAUAUUGCAGGAGUACAAGAUGCGGACUUCCCUGGGAAGGAACCAUCAUCAGAGGGGAAAAGACAUAAGAAGAAAUGGUGGCGGUUUAAAUUCUUUAGGAAGAGGAAGGGAAAGAGCAAGGAGACGAGGGCCUCAACUGUUAAGAAAGCCGGUGAACGGACCGAAACACCUGGCAGCCUUCCUGAUGAGAAACAACAGCAUCCCUCGCCCGCUACGUCCAAGGAUGCGGUUGCCGUGACAACAGUGGCCGAGGCAAUUGACCAGCCACAAACGCCCGCUAGUGUUAAUCUAUCACCAAUGCCUAAACAAAAACGAAAAUUCCUGUUUGGAAGUCUGAGAAAAUCAAAGAAGCACAGAGCCUCAAAAAACUCAUGAGAACUGUUAAAGUCCGGGAACGACUUGGGCAUCGAUUCCCUUUCGAUCUGGACGUCGUGUGCAAAAUGUGUUCCAAGUUGCACCAAGUUAAAUUAGAAGAUGCGGACAAAAGAUAUUUAACUUGUCUGUACAUGUAUAAAUAGCGAAAGUUCUUCUUUAUGAAAAGGUUAUGUUUUUUGUAGGUAACGAUUUAAUUGUGUAAAAAUCCCCAUUUGAUUGCAGCUUUUUCAAUAUCGCCCCAUCCCAGAACCCAGAUUUUCUGAACCACAUUUUGUGACGACUUCAUCGGAGAAGAUAAAAGUCAGAGUAAUUGAAUCCAGAACAAAUUAGAAAAAAAACCAAUGAUCUUAAACUAUUGUUUAUCGAUUUUGUUCAGAUUCAGAACAUAAUUAUUAUUUCAUAGACAAUUUUUUCUUCAAUUGACGAUAAACAGAUUCAUAUUGUAAAACGGAGGCAAACCUGCCAUCGGGACGAAAGGGACAUGGCCUCUAAAUUUGGCAACACAAUACAUUAGUUUUUACAUUUUCUUUAAAUCUUUUAUUUUUUUAUAGAGUACUUAAUAUACAGGUUGAGUAAACAAAACCCGAAACCAAAAUGGCAGGAUCCAUUUUUGAAUGAAGAUUUGCUUGUAGCAGUUUCAAAAUCUAGGAUAUGAAAGCCCAAUCAAUGAGUUUUCUUUUGGUACAAGCAUCAUUCAAAUC